AUGUGGCUGAAGGUUGUUUGUUUCGUAGUAAUAGCAAGCAGUGCGGUUGCCAAGCAAGAUGAGCUACUGGACGAGUUGUACGGAGUAGAAGGACGGAACAAGAUCGCGAUCUGCGUGCGAGCGAGCGGCGGCAACUGGCGGCGCUGCGACGGCGCGCUCUACAACCGCGAGUGGGUCGUGGCGCGGGCGCACUGCCUCGGCGCCGCGCCCAGCCGCGACAUGGCGGCCGAGCGCGUGUCGGCCGGCGGCGCCUGCCAUCUGGCAGCGGCCGGCAAUACGGGGCUGUACCGGUCGCGUGCCGUGCGCCACCACAUCAUGCAUCCAUGGUUCGACCUGGCCAUCGUGAUCGUCAAGACGCCGUACAAUAACUUGGACCAACUAGCCAACGCCACUAAGACGCGGCUUAAGUUGCGGCGACACGGGGUAUAUAAAUGGAUGAAGCAUUAUUUUGAUGCUUUUGCAUUAACUCGCAAUUAUGACUACAAUAUAAAUAGAAUUGCACGGAGUUUAAAAACCUACCAUCAUCCGAUCUGGUACUUCUUCACUACAAUGGUGCUGCCAUCUGCAUUGUUCAUGCUGUUUUUUGUUUAUGUCACAUUCUACACAGGCAAAACACAAGAGGUCCCAUAUAAGCAAUUGCGAUAUUCUAAGAAAUUAACUCAUGUGUAGUUUUAAUUGUCUAUGAAUAAUACACAAUGAUGUAAUGUGAAAGUAUUUUUAUUAUUAAUUUAUCUAUCAUACUUCUAAAUCAAAAUAAUAAGAAAUCUGUUGAGAUUUCACCUAAUAUGCAAUAAGGCAAUUACUCUAAAGUAUUGAAAUGCCCUAUGAUUGAUUAAUGCAACAUUUUAUUCAGACUUCUGAUCUAGUUUCCUCCUCCAUACUUUGACUUUGCCCCUGAGCUCGCGAAGCCUUUUCAUUUCAUCCUUAAAAUCUUGGUGUUCAUCUCUGAAUAAACCAUACUCUCUGAGUUUGAGCAUCAAGCUGUGCGUCUCGACGUGUCGAGGGUAAUAGUGAAUGAUGUCUUCGUUAGUGUGCAACGGCCGUUCGGAGAACAUUUUUACCACUUUCAUGGAUUUGGGAUUGGUAGGAAUUGCUACUUCACUAAAUAUUCUAUUAGAUAAGCGCUGCAUGCGUCGUGCGUAGUUUGUCGACGCUUUGAUUAAUUGAGAAUACUGUGCAUAGUUUGUAGCCAUGAUUUAUCU